ACCUCAGCACUUCCAUCACCAUGAGGGCGACAGUGGCAGCUCUCCUCCUGUGUCUUGUGGUGGCAGCAUGCCGCAGCCAGGAGACUCCACCUGGCCCUCCUGGACCAACUGAAGGGCCACAACCAACUGGACCACCUGGCCCACCAACUGGAGGUCCUGAUCCAACAGGUCAGCCUACUGGAGGUCCUGAACCAACUGGUUCACCUGGCCCACCAACUGGAGGUCCUGAACCAACAGGUCCACCUACUGGGGGUCCUCAACCAACUGGACCACCAAGCACCCCUACUGGAGGUCCUGAACCAACUGGAGGACCCCAGCCAACUGGUGAACCUCAGCCUACAGGACCACCAGGGCCACCCUCUGGAGGACUUUGGCUUUUUUGACUUGGUGGACUCUGAUGGUUGACAUUAUUGCAUCUGUUAAACAUCAAGAGAGUUCAAACUUGAUAUUUACAAUUAACUGGAUAUGACUUUACUGAUGGAACUGUUCUGUGAAUAGCUUUAUAAAAUUUUUUGUCAUUAAAUGAGCAUCUAAAAAUCUC